GUUCCGUGAUGUGACGAUGCGGUACCGCGCGGGUUUACCACAUGUGUUGUGCGGCUUGACCUUCACAAUACCCGCCGGACAGAAGGUCGGUGUUAUCGGCCGCACGGGAAGUGGCAAGUCAUCGUUGCUUCUGACGCUUCUCCGCGUGGUGGAUAUUGAGGAUGGGCAGAUUGUUCUUUCGGGCCGUCCUAUUCGUUCCUACAGCCUGCGUGCGCUGCGCCAACUCUUUUCGAUGAUUCCACAGGACCCAUUGCUGUUUAACGGUAAAGUGCGUGAAAACCUCGAUCCACUCAACGUCUGCAGCGACGCGCAAGUGCGUGAGGCGAUACGGCUUGUAGGCAUGGAGGACCGACUUGCCGCGGAGACGGAUCCGCUGCAGUGCCCUGUGGAGGAGGGGGGCGCAAACUUUAGCGUUGGCCAGCGGCAGUUGCUUUGCAUGGCACGGACCCUACUGCGGCGGGGUUGCAGUUUUAUUCUGAUGGAUGAGGCUACCGCCAAUGUUGACCCCACGCUUGACAAACAGAUUCAACAUGUCGUCACCCAUGUCUUUGCGGGGCACACCGUCAUUACAAUUGCCCACCGCCUGCACACGCUCGCCACGUACGACGUGAUUCUGAUGAUGGAGGAAGGCCGCGUGGUGGAGAUGGGGUCGCCGUAUGAUCUUGUGCGCUCUGCAGACACACGGUUUGCUCAGAUGGUGAGGUCUCUUGGUGAGUCCGCCAUGCAGGAAUUCAUGGCGUCUACGCAGGCACCCACACGCUGA